CAUGAAGAACUAGUUUGAAAUUAUUAAAGAAAUGUUUGAAUGGGCAAUCUUUUCAAUGUAUCUUUUUGGAAAUGAUCUUUUACCUUUCUCAACAAAUUACAAGCAUUAUUUAUAAAAAAAAAUUCUAACAUCAAUUAUGUAGACGAAUUUGUUUUUUCACGCACAAGCUCUGUGUACACCGUAAAUUACGAAAAAGAGUGUCAAGUCGGUGUAGGAAUGUGGCACUUCAAAAUGGCUGCCAGUUACUUUAGUAAUUUACGGCUGUAUCUUUCUUUGUUGUUGCUGAUGUAAUUAAGACUGUGUAUCGAAAUAUCGUAGAAUUGAUUUUAAGGAGAAAUAGUGAAGUAAACGUUUUAUAUACACAUUACCCUCAUCACAUGGAUUCUGUGGAAACGUGAGAAUAGAAUAUGCUCUGAAGUCGUUCUCUCUCCCGAUUGUUGCAUCGAUCGAACUUAUUUCAAGAGAUUUCUUCACGAAUGUUUUGCUGUUUGCCAAGAAAUGUAUCCAAUUGCAAGUACUUGGAUCGAAUAUAGUAUUACUAUUAGCAAUGUUCACUGACAUUUGUGAUAGAAAUCGAUACAUUUGUCGUGCAAGACGUAUCGUUCAACCAUUGAAAAGAUACUGUGCAAAGACUCGUUAACAUCAAGCUGGUUCAAUGUAUGUAUGCGCGCUUGUGUGUGUAUAUAUAUAUAUACAUAUAUAUGUCACAGCCAGAUUAAAGCUAGGUCUUAAAGGGCCUAGCAUGGGUCACUAUGAAUCCACCCGCGGUUAGUAAAUCGAGCACACGUGGCUCUGGAUAUCAUCAGAAGGCAUUGGCUGAAAUUCGUAAUUCGUUGUUACCCUUUGCAAAUAUUGGAGGAGCAAGCGAAGUAGGUUCCAGUGCUGCAAGUACUAUAUCUACUUUAUCUACGACAAGCGGCAUUAGUUCUGCCUCUGGGCUUAGCGGACUCUCCGGAGCUUCUGGUUCUAACAUUGAUAAAUCGGAUCAACGACAAUUAUUGGCACAAUUAUUAGCGAUGGGAUAUUCCGAGGAAAUAGCAUUACGCGCUCUGAAGUUGGGUGGCUGGCGCUUGGAUGCAGCCAUAGAAUUUUUGAAACAAGCACAAGGAGAAUCUCUGAACGGACUCAGUAAAUUAAAUACGAAGCUUAUAAGGAAACCCAGCCUGGAAAGGGAAUUGAAUUUGCAACGCGGCAGUCCUGCGUUGGACAGUGGAGCUGGAAGCUCGCGUUCCGAUAGUCCUCGCUUGACGGAGCUCAGUCCGCAUCCGCAAUUGAGCCGUCAAUACUCUCCAAGUAAUUUUGUAGAACGAGAACCGCCGCCUCCUCCGCCUCCCAGAUGCAGUUCAACGCCACCGCCACCGCCACCGCCACACGUUCCGUACAAUCAGCCAAAUGUACCGACUAACAUGCAACAAAUGCUGAAGCGUAUGUCUCCUGCUCCGGUGGUUCCUACGCGGCCACCUCCCACUACGCCUGGCAAUACCGGACCCAUUUCGACGUCGACAUCGGUCAGUCUACCGCAACGAGGUACGAGCCCGGUAGCGAGUUCGAAUAACAAUUCGAAUCGUCAACCGAUGAUUGUCCAGAACGGACCGCAAGUUCAGCAACAGCUUUCCCAGCAGAUACAGGCUCUCAGUAUAUACCAGACGGGUAGUAACAGUUCGAGCACUCAAGUCGAACCACCACCUCCGUAUCCUAUAGUGUCUUCUUCGUCGGCUGGACCGGUGCAACCACCAUCUUACAGUGUCUCUAUACAGAACAGACAGAGUCCGACGCAAUCUCAACAGGACUAUCGGAAAAGCCCGUCCUCCGGAAUUUACUCCGGGCCAACGUCGGCCGGCUCGCCCAGUCCUAUUACCGUUUCCGCUAUGUCGCCGAACGCGCAAUCCUCUAUGGCCAGACCGACCCCGUUGCAGGCUUGGGGCGCGCGACAGGCGAAGACGCAGCCACCGAUAAUCAUGCAGUCCGUGAAGAGUACUCAAGUACAAAAACCCGUGUUGCAAACCGCUAUUGCUCCGACGUCGCCGCAGCCUAUCUCCACCACUAGCAAUACACCUCCUCCUCCUAAUAACAAUAACAACAAUCAUACGACAGAGAGCAACGGAGCGAAGGGCGGCGGAGGGAGUACACCUUCUUCUUACAAGAUUAAACAUCAGUCUCCGAUACCCGAGCGCAAGCACAUGAGCAAGGAGAAGGAAGAGGAACGCAGGGACUGCAAGGUUCGCAACUAUUCGCCGCAAGCGUUUAAAUUCUUCAUGGAACAGCACGUGGAAAAUGUAUUAAAGUCUCACAAACAACGACUGUAUCGUCGGCUUCAGCUGGAAACAGAGAUGGCCAAGAUAGGUCUCAGCGCGGAGGCGCAGUGUCAAAUGAGGAAAAUGUUGUCGCAAAAGGAAUCGAAUUACAUCAGGCUGAAGCGGGCAAAGAUGGACAAAUCGAUGUUCACGAAAAUCAAACCGAUCGGUGUGGGCGCGUUCGGGGAAGUGACUUUGGUCAGGAAACUGGACACGAAUCAGUUUUACGCCAUGAAAACGUUGCGAAAAGCGGACGUGCUGAACCGCAACCAAGUUGCUCACGUGAAAGCUGAACGAGACAUCUUGGCAGAGGCUGACAACGAAUGGGUAGUGAAACUCUAUUAUUCCUUUCAAGAUAAGGACAACUUGUACUUCGUGAUGGAUUAUAUUCCUGGCGGUGAUCUGAUGUCGUUGCUGAUCAAAUUCGGAAUUUUCAAGGAACCGUUGGCACGAUUUUACAUUGCCGAGCUUACGUGCGCGGUGGAGAGUGUGCACAAGAUGGGAUUCAUUCAUAGAGACAUUAAACCGGAUAAUAUCUUGAUCGACCGGGACGGACACAUAAAGUUGACAGAUUUUGGAUUGUGCACGGGUUUCCGGUGGACUCACAACUCCAAGUAUUAUCAACAAAACGGUCACGGGAAACAAGAUUCCAUGGAUCCCGCCGACGAUUGGAACAACGAGUGCCGUUGCAUUCAGUUGAAGCCGCUGGAGCGCAGGAGGCAUAGAGAGCAUCAGAGGUGUUUGGCGCACUCGUUGGUUGGGACGCCAAACUACAUUGCACCGGAAGUACUACAAAGGACAGGGUAUACCCAGUUGUGCGACUGGUGGAGCGUCGGUGUAAUUUUGUACGAAAUGUUGGUCGGUUCUCCACCAUUCCUCGCCAAUACUCCGGCCGAGACGCAGUACAAGGUGAUUAAUUGGGAGACGACUCUGCAUAUCCCAAAGCAGGCGAAUCUCUCUGCAGAAGGUAUGGAUUUGAUAUUGAAGCUUUGCGUUGGUGCGGAUCGCCGACUAGGUAAGAAUGCGGACGAAGUAAAGAGUCAUCCGUUUUUCGCAAGUAUCGAUUUUGACAAGGGGCUGCGUCGACAAGUGGCACCUCAUAUACCUCGAAUACAGUAUCCCACCGACACGAGCAACUUCGAUCCUGUCGAUCCCGAUAAAUUACGGAAUUCCGGAUCGUCCGAUUCGAACAAGUCGGACGAGCUGUUGGAUAAUGGGAAGCCGUUUCACGGUUUCUUCGAAUUCACUUUUAGACGAUUUUUUGAUGACGGUGGUGGUCCUGCGUACCCUAGUCGAAUAAGCUUAGACGAUAAUGACAAUCAAGGCCCUGUUUAUGUAUGACGCUAGAUUUCCAAGUAUCGGAAGUUUCGCAAGUGUUGCUGGUCCCCGAGAAUAAGGUGAUUAAUUCGUGAUAUUUUACGUUCGAUCGUAAAAUCUUUGUAAAUAUUGUCCGAAAGCAAUUUCGAUUGAAACGAAAUUUGGAUUGGUAGUUGGAACGGUGAAUAGAACACCGUGAAAGAUGUUAACAUGAAAUUGUUACUGUGGAUUCAACGAACACGUAUACCGUACUAUAAGAUUGUGUAAACGAAAACAAAAACCCUCGCGCUUGUUCCUUAGUUCUGACCCGUUGUGUACGUCCGUGCGUUUCAUGAUUCCUACCCCUACUUGACUUUCUUCUGCUGUCUCCCGAGGUCCACGUUCGUUUUUUAUCUCCUCCGUUCCCCUCCCCUCCCAGCCCCAGCCCCGGUCCCCUCGGUCCCCUCGAUCUCCUUCAUGUAUAAUUUCUCUCAUAAUAGGAGAUAUGUUGGAUACACAUUUUCCGAAUAUCCAAGUUUUCGGUCCGAAUCAAUCGAAAAUUACAACGAUGGCAGGACAGAAUUAGACGUAAUCGCAAAAUCCAAAUUUAUGGGCAUUUAUCGUGUGUUUAUAAUACAAUUUUUAGAAUUUUAUUGUUACAUCGUUACGCAGUAUAGCUUGAGGUAAGAUGAUAGCUUUUACAAUUUUGUGAUUUUUCAUAAAAAUGUACGAUCUUUCCAAAACUGUCUCCAAUUCGUUUACGGUGAAACGUAUACACAAUUUCAAAUACAAGUGUGAACAUAACGGUGAUUGAAAUGAAAGAGAAUAAAUGAUCAAUGGCUAGUGUAUAUAUAUAUAUAUAUGUAUACUUAUAUAUAUAUAUAUAUAUAUAUAUAUAUAUAUAUAUAUACACA